AUGGCCGGCGAUUCUGUGGCAGAAAAGCAGUUGGGUUGCCAACAUUAUAAAAGAAGUUGCUGUCUCCUGGCACCAUGCUGCAACAAAUUUUACACCUGUCGAAUUUGCCAUGAUGAAGUAGAAGAACAUACUCUAUGUCGUACUAAUGUACAGAAGAUUAAGUGCUUGAAGUGUCAACAUGUACAGGAGGUGCUCAAAAAAUGCUGUAAUUGUGGCGUAGAUUUUGCAAAUUAUUUUUGCUCUGUAUGCCGACUCUAUGACAACGCUGACAAAGGACAAUAUCAUUGUGAUGACUGUGGAAUCUGCAGGGUUGGUGGUAAAGAAAAUUUUUUUCAUUGCACUAAGUGUGAUAUGUGCCUAAAUAAAAGCCUUAAAGAGAAACACAAGUGUGUUGAGAAGGUAUCAAGAGCAAACUGUCCAGUUUGUUUGGAGGAUCUUCAUACCUCUAGGACGGCAUCUCAUGUACCGCGCUGUGGACAUCUCAUACAUGAGACUUGUUUUAAGGAGCUUAUAAAAUCCGGAGGUUACAGUUGUCCCAUGUGCAAUCAGUCCAUGCUUUCUAUGAAGAGUGUUUGGGAGUUGCUUGAUAAUGAGAUUCGAAACACUCCAAUGCCUCAUGAAUAUGCAAAUUACAAUGUACAGAUUCUUUGCCGUGACUGUCACAAAGAAUGUCGCGUGUUGUUUCAUGUAAUUGGAAUGAAAUGUAAACACUGUGGUUCUUAUAAUACAUGUAGAACAGCGAACGAUGAUCAUACUCUGCAUGCUGUGGAGCCAUCUACAGAUGCUGCAAAUCCAGAUGAGAUGGAAGCGAGUAACGGUAACAUGCGUGAUGGUGAACAGGUAGACAGCAAUACUGAUACAGCUGAUUCUAAUACUAAGUAGUUUCUGAUCACCACAACACUGUAGAUGAUAAAAUGUGAUUGGUGAAUGAAACAUUUACUUUGAAUUAUAGAUCCUUUAUUAUAGAGCUCAUGUAUGGGUAGUAACUUCAUUUUCACUACAAGGUCAUUCCUAAUUCAUUACCUGUGAAAAUAACUUCCAUACCCAACAAACAUCAGGCCAUGGUGCCAGGCAAGGCCAUGGUGUUCUAUCUUUUACACAUGUCAUGAACUUGCUGACUUGACCAAAAAUUACAGCGCUUGCCAGGUGCAAUGUUUAUUCUAAUUUUGUUGAUGUUUAUUUCACGUUAAUGGUGUGUUGAUUAAUAUAGCUCCAGCUCCAUGUUUUAACUCCAGCUAAAAUCGACAGUCAGGCUUACAAUAAAGCACCCACCCUGCUGUCAGUUGUAAGUGUGAGAUGAAACAAUAGUCUGCAAGACUGCCAUUCCAUGCAUGUGACAGUGUCAUGCAAUGUCACACUUUAGUUCAUUUGGAAUAUAUACA